CACAACAUGACGAUUCACCGAGCAGCAUGGCUGUUGCUAUGCCACCGGAGUCAGCUGCAUCAGGUGCCGAUGCGAAAACUUUCGCUCGGAUGCCCACCAAGGCCGCACGCGUGGAUGGACGCCGUACUGACUGGACAGGUGUUGCGUGGCGAUAAGCGAUACCGCCAAAGAAGUUUCACCUCGUCACGCGUCGUCAACCAGUCGAAGGAGGAGGAGCAGGACAAGCUGAAGGCAAAGGUAGCAGCACGAGGUGGCGUGCAAUCCACCAGUUCACCGAUCGAGCAGGAAUCGCGUCUCGAAAUCGACACGAAGCGUGGCAAACUGUUGGUGAAAACCACGCUGACCGAUUCGAAGCUGCAGGAGAUUAUCAUUGAAAAACCAAAACAGGAGCCGGGGAAACGGGAGGAUGCACAGAAACCGUCCCUCAUAGCGGAAGAGGAUGCCCGAGCCAAAGCGGAAGCUGAUCUGAAGGAACAGCUGGCGGAAAAGAAUCGCCAGCUAGCGAAGAAACGCAUCCGGGUGGAUUUUUCACGCUCCUCGCUGGAGCGCAACUUUAUCACGCCGGUACGGGCGAUGUCGGAUUUUUUGCUUAAACCGUCCGAUUUGGAAUCGUUAGCCAAAACAAAACGUCGCUCACCUUACGAGCAAGAACCGCCGAUCACGGUCUACUGGCGGAAGGAUGUGGAAGCGAAAGCGAUCGAGGUGUGGGGAUCGCGGGAAAACCUACUGAAGGAAUGCUUGAAACGUGAAAUCGAGAAAAAGAUGCAUCAACAGAAUAUAUUUACGGUAAAGCGAAGAUUGCGGGAUUACCGACGAGAGAUUGGCAGCCGCACAAACGUGGUCGAUUCUGAGCCGGGGCUGUUUGGGAAGUCGGGCAAGGUGGUGCUGACGGCGAUUGCAAUCAAUGCGACAAACUGUCUGUUCAAGUUCGGUGCCUGGUUGUAUACGGGUUCGCACAGUAUGUUUGCGGAAACGAUCCACUCACUGGCGGAUACGAUCAAUCAGCUCAUCCUGGCGUACGGCAUCCACAAGUCAACGCAGAUCGCCGAUUCCGAUCAUCCGUACGGGUACAGCAACAUGAAGUAUGUGUCAUCGUUAAUAUCGGGCGUCGGCAUUUUCUGUGUCGGUACGGGGCUGUCGUUUUAUCACGGUAUCAUGGGGCUCGUAGAUCCUCAUCCGAUCGAUGACUUUUUCUGGGCAUUCUUUAUCCUGGGAGGUUCGCUGGUAUCGGAAGGUGCCACCUUGCUGGUAGCGAUCAAUAGCUGUCGGAGUGGUGCAAAAGCCCUAGGAAUGAGCUUUAGAGAUUACGUCGUCCGCGGACAGGAUCCGUGCGUUAAUGUAGUACUUACGGAGGAUGCGGCCGCGGUAUUAAGUGUAGCACUGGCAGCGACCUGCAUGGGACUAUCCACCUACACCGGUUCACCGAUACCGGAUGCGGUAGGAUCGCUCCUGGUCGGUUGCAUGCUCGGUGGCGUGGCGUCCUUCAUUAUCUACACGAACGUGGCAGCAUUGGUUGGGCGUUCGAUUCGCCAGGAGAAUCUCGACAAGAUCAAUGCUGAGCUGGAGAGUGACAUUAUGAUCCGGGCGAUCCAUGACGUGAAGGGUAUAGAUAUGGGGAACUCUUUGGUUAGAUAUAAGGCUGAAAUGGAUUUCGAUGGACGCGAGCUAACGCGCGUGUAUCUGGAUAAGCAGGAUCUUAACCUGUUGCUAGAGGAGGUCCGCACGUUCCAAACGAUCGACGAGCUAGAAGCAUUUCUGCUGACGCACGGCGAAAACAUUGUCGAUCUGAUGGGUGGUGAGAUUGAUAGGAUUGAAAUGAAACUACGGAAAAAAUUCCCCGAAAUAAGACACUGUGAUUUGGAGAUACUGUAAGCGGUAAAAGUAAAUUUGCUUCCUUAGUUUUUGAAUUUUUAUUUUUU